AUCAUCACCUCGACGGAGGCUCGAUACAAUCGUACACACGCACGCCUCACUGUCGUGGGUGGGAAGCACGUGCCAAGUGUGUCUUGUUUUAUACUGUGCAGGGCGGCGCCGUGACCAUCGUUGUGUUGUACGUGAUGAUGACACGCUACCUGACCGAUAACGAGUGGUACGCACACUUUAUCUUCCUGGUGGCCUUUACGUACGCCCUGAAUGGCCUGCUUGUCAUGAUAUCGUCAAUGACGUCACCCUCGACCCAGGCACACUUGCCGCGCACCACGUUCUACGCCUUGUACCAGUGCUGUGCCGGAAUCGGCUACGGAUUUGCGGGAGUCCUUCUGUACAUAUUUGGCGGUGAUAUUUCGUUACCUCACGCAAUGCAUGCCGGGUUGACUGGGCUCGGCAUCAGUCUUGUACAUUUUAUUCACACUAUCGUCAACGUUAUGUUGGUGCUGUCUCUUGAGCCCGACUAGCACCCCCGUGAAGACAACGACUAGCUUUUUGCCCUUGAUGCCGCCCGAGAAUUGGUCAACACAGACGCGGCGUGACCGAACUUCACGGCACAAGGCUGAUUCAUUAAAUCACUUUGUUUCAGAUUUGUUUGGACGUUCCGAGAGCAAAAAGGCAACUCUGUGAUUGAUAGACUUUCCUGUAACUCACGACGUCUAUAGAGCCGUGCUCCCCGCAGG